AGCUAGCUCUAUAUAUAGAAUAGAAGACGUCCUCCCGGGCCCGCUCUGAGCUAGCCAUGGAUUCAUUCAGGCAGGGUUGCAGCAUUUCCACUUAACUGAAGUGACCACGACAACAACAACAACAUUUUCCUCUCGAUCUCCGACGUACUUCACCAACAUAUAUAUAAUGGGUGCUAAUGAUUGGGAGGCCAGUACAUCCACAGCUCCAAGCCUAACCUUUCCGCGGCCCGACCGGGACCCCACAACACCGGCCGCUGCCACAGAUCGAAGGGUAACAUCUCGGCUGCCGGAGCACGACGGCACCACGCCGGACACAUAUAUCCAUCCUCUUGAUAUCUUAGUCGCGCGAGCAACAAGUUCCGCAUCAUCAACUUCAACUCCACCAAUGGCGGCGGCUAAUAAUCGAAUUCGAAGGGUAACAUUUCGGCUGCCGGAGCUGGAGACCAGAACACCGGCCGGCGCCACAUAUCUCCAUCCCCUUGCUUCCUUAAUCGCGCGAGCUAGCAGUAUCAUUAGUUCCCUCUCUACCAUUUGCCACAACGUGGCCAUGUUUUGCAACGAAGGAUGGUGGGUAAUAAAGCCUUCAUCAAUGACUACAUUAGCCCUAGCUGCGUCUUUCCCGUUUUUCUUGUACGGAUACGGAACUCAAUCCCCAAAAAUCGAGUGCAACGGUCAACUGGGUUCAAAGCUAGAAGAAGCACCUCAAUCCGACAGCGUUUUGGAUGGUUAAGAGUUAGAGCUGAUGCGACGACGUUUUUCCUUUCUUCUUUGCCUGUAUUAGUUUUCGUUCAAACUUUCUGCUUGUUUCCUCUCCAACCUUGUGGACAAACUGUACUGCUUAUUGUCACUUUCUGUAAGUUUCUUUGCCUAUAAAAGGGCAGAACAAGUGAAUGAGAAG